AUGAUUACCAUACAGCAGAGUUCCGCUCCCAGGUGGACGGGCUUACUGCUACUGUUGGCGUUGUUUGGUUGUUUGUUCGAGUCAGCUGUUUCGGUCAAACACGAGAAUUUCAAGACUUGUGCACAGUCUGGCUUCUGCAGCCGCAAUCGUCAGUUCGCCGAUGAUGUCUCCGCCGCAAGCUCCUGGGUUUCGCCGUAUGCACUCGAUGCCUCAUCGAUCACUUUCAAGGACGGCCAAUUAGAUGCAGUUGUGCUGAAGACCCUCAAAGAUGGUCAAGAAUCUGUUCGACUGCCGCUCACUGUCACGUUCCUGGAGUCUGGUGUCGCGCGAGUGACCCUAGACGAGGAGAAGAGGGCCAAAGGCGAGAUUGAACUACGUCACAACAGCAAAGCAAGGAAGGAACGGUACAAUGAAGCUGGCAAAUGGGCUCUAGUCGGGGGUCUGAAAGUCGCGUCGGGCGCCUCAUUGAGUGCAGAGGCUGAACAAGGCUACACCAAGGUCGUCUACGGCAAGGCUGGAAAGCAUCAGGCUGUCAUUCGCCACGCACCUUUUGGGAUCGAGUUCCAAAGAGAUGGAGAAACUCAGGUCAAAUUCAACGAACGAGGUUUCUUGAAUGUUGAGCACUGGAGAGUUAAAGUUGAAAAGCCCAAGGAAGAGGAGAAGAAAGAAGGCGAAGAGGAGAGCAAAGAGGAGAGCAAAGAGGAGAAAAAGGAAGAAGAAAAUAAAUUCGAAGAAUCUGGUGAAGAUGAAAGCACAUGGUGGGAAGAAAGCUUUGGUGGUAACACCGACAGCAAGCCCAGGGGCCCUGAGGCUGUCGCUCUGGAUAUCUCCUUCCCAGGGUAUGCACACGUCUUCGGUAUUCCAGAGCACGCUACCCGACUAUCAUUGAAGACGACAAGGCUUUACAACGCUGAUGUUUUUGAGUACGAGAUGGACAGUCCCAUGACACUCUAUGGUGCUAUUCCGUUUAUGCAGGCCCAUCGCAAGGGUUCCACUGUGGGCGUGUUCUGGCUCAAUGCAGCCGAAACAUGGAUCGAUGUCACCAAGAAGCGCAAUACUGCGAAUCCUCUCGCACUUGGCGUCGAAGGCCACACUGAUACUCAAACCCAUUGGAUGUCUGAAAGCGGUCUCCUUGACAUUUUCGUCUUCCUUGGGCCAACCCCUCAAGAUCUCACUCGCCAGUAUGGUGAGCUGACUGGUUAUAGUGCUCUCCCGCAAUCGUUUGCCAUUGCUUAUCACCAGUGCCGAUGGAACUACGUUACCGAUGAUGAUGUCAAGGACGUCGACCGUCGAUUUGAUAAGUUCAACAUCCCGUACGAUGUCAUCUGGCUCGAUAUCGAGUACACGCAGGAGAAGAAGUACUUCACUUGGGAUCCCUUGACUUUCGUAAACCCAGACUCGAUGCACAAACAUCUUGACAAGAGCGACCGCAAACUGGUUGCAAUUAUUGAUCCGCACAUCAAGAACACUGACGACUAUCCCGUCAUCGAUGAACUCAAGAAGAACGACCUGGCGGUGAAGAACAAGGACAGUGACCAGUACGAGGGUUGGUGCUGGCCAGGAUCAUCUAUGUGGAUCGACUGCUUCAACCCAGCCGCUAUUAAUUGGUGGAAGGGUCUGUUCAAAUACGACAAAUUCAAGGGCACUGCGCCGAACACUUUCAUCUGGAACGACAUGAACGAGCCAUCUGUAUUUAAUGGACCCGAGACAACCAUGCCCAAAGACAACUUGCACCACGGCAACUGGGAGCAUCGAGAUGUGCACAACAUCAAUGGCAUGACCUUCCACAAUGCGACUUAUCAGGCUUUGAUCGAGCGCAAAAAGGGUGAGCAGCGUCGGCCAUUUGUACUCACCCGUGCGUUUUACUCUGGCAGUCAGCGUAGCGCUGCUAUGUGGACUGGUGAUAACCUGGCAGAGUGGGCUCACCUCGAGGCUUCCCUACCAAUGGUUCUGAACCAGGGUAUCUCUGGCUUCCCAUUUGCAGGUGCUGAUGUCGGUGGCUUCUUUGGUAACCCAAGCAAAGAACUACUCACCAGAUGGUACCAAGCUGGUAUCUACUACCCCUUCUUCCGCGGUCAUGCUCACAUCGACACUCGCCGUCGUGAGCCUUACAUCGCGGGGUCCCCCUACACCGAGAUCAUUACCCAGGCUCUUCGUCUGAGGUACCAAUUGCUCCCUGCCUGGUACACCGCUUUUCACGAAGCCUCAACUACAGGUGCACCUAUCAUCCGACCCAACUUCUAUGUCCAUCCGGAAGAUGAGGCAGGCUUUGCGGUCGACGAUCAGCUCUACAUCGGUUCAACUGGUCUCCUUGCCAAGCCUGUAACAAAAGAAGGCGCAGACAGUGUAUCUGUCUACAUCGCUGACGACCAGCCCUAUUAUGACUACUUCGACUUCACCACCUACUACGGCGCUGGUCACCACACGGUUCCUGCACCUCUCGAGAAGAUUCCCUUGCUCAUGCAAGGCGGACACGUUAUCCCGCGCCGUGACCGUCCGCGCCGUUCCUCAGGUCUCAUGAAGCACGACCCCUUCACAUUAGUCGUCGUUCUCGACAAAGAUGGCAACGCAGAAGGGACUCUCUACCUCGACGACGGCGAAACCUUUGACUACGAAUCAGGUGCCUUCAUCCACCGCCGCUUUUCAUUCGACGGGCAGCGACAAGUCUUCACGAGCACAAACCUCGACAACAGCCGCCGGACUUCGCAGUGCGAGAAGUACCUCAAGAGCAUGUCGAACGUGCGUGUGGAGAAGAUCAUCAUUGUUGGCGCACCAAAGGAAUGGCAGAGCAGGGGCGAGGUCGUCAUUAUGCAAGAAGGCGAAACGGAGAGCAAGAGGCGAAAGCCAGUGCCUUUGGAGUGGCAUGCGGCCGAAGGCAAGAAGACGAGCUAUGCGGUAGUAAGGGAUCCUAGAGUGUAUAUCACUAGGGGGUGGAAGAUUGAUUUUGGGGAUGCGGGGCAUGCGCAUCAUGGGCAUGAGCAUUGA